UCUUUUCCCUUCUCUUCAUCUUCACCAAAUAUUGCUCAACUUUACCCCCAAAAGUAGAGAGAGAAAGACGAAGAUAGCUCCUUGUCUCCAUUAUUAAUAAAUGGCCUCUUGAGCGUUCUUGACCAAUGAGAUAACUAAGACAUUAUAGGAAAAAUGGGCCUAGCUCCCUUUCUCUCACCAUCAGUAUAUAUGUCUACAGCUCUAUGAUGACUAUUAUAGCAUGCUUGCCAGUCUCUCUCUCUCUCUCUCUCUCUCUCUCUCUCUCUCUCUCUCUCUCUCUCUCUCUCUCUCUCUCUCUCUCUAUGUACCUUCUUCUUCAUGCUUUCUUAUGCUUAAUUUUGUACUCCUCAAAGUUACAGUUAUGUUGAGCUGUCUUAAUUUCUAACAAUAUUGCUUCUUGUAAAGAGCAAGCUCUUUUAUUAUCAAGCUCCCCUUUAGAUCUAGUAUUGAUUUGGUCUAGAUUCACAUAACUAUACGUAGCUUUCUGGAGGCUAAAGAUAAGAGAUGCAUCCCUCUUCCAACAACAAUGGGUGCAAACCACCAAAGACUUCUUUUUUUGGUAAUUACUACAAUGAUACCAACUAUUCAAGAGCCCUUCAAGAAUAUUAUUAUCCUCCAUCUUUCCUCCUCCCAUCCCCUAAUUACAUUCCUUUAGAAGAUGAAGCCGUCUUCUGCGAGUCCUUCCAACAACAACAAUAUUUCUCCAACGAUCAUCAUAACCACCUAGCUCAUGAGAUGACUACUAAUGUUGAAUCUAUCAUGGGAGAGUGUGGUAGUAACAAUGGACAGGUUGCUAGGAAUGACGGAGAUGAUGAACCCUACGACUUUAGUACUCACGCGGAGCCUGAAAGUAGCAGCCCAAGGAAGAGACAUUCUAAAGGAGAUCGGCAUAGCAAGAUUGACACCGCUCGAGGCCCCAGAGAUCGAAGGAUGAGAUUGUCCCUCGAUGUUGCUAAAAAGUUGUUUGGUUUGCAAGACUUGCUUGGAUUUGAUAAGGCCAGCAAGACAGUCGAUUGGCUGCUCACAAAAUCAAGAACUGCCAUUCUUGAACUUCUUCCUGACCGGAGCUGCAGCUUUAUGGGUGUAUCUAAUUACAGUGCAUCUUCUACUUCAGAAUGUGAGGUUCUAUCUGGAACAGCAGCUGAUCAGUCUAUGCUAAAGACUGGAGAUGAUCAAGCACCUACUACAAAUAAUAAUAAUAAGGAAAAGUCUACUUCUGGAUGCAGCAUCAAAAAACACAAGGAAAAGAUUGCUAGAGGAGUACUUAGAAGAAGUGCAGGUCUUCAUCACCCUAUUGCUAAAGCAACAAGGGAAAGGGCAAGAGUAAGGGCAAGGGAGAGGACAAUCGAAAAGAGAAGUAUUAAUAAUAAGAUCGGUGUUGCUCAAGAUUCAAAAUGUAGACCAUGUCUAGAUCAGGUAUUAAUGAAUCAACAUGAAAGCCAAUUAGGUUCUUGGAGCAUCUUCGAAGAAAACCAAUGUCAAACCACUGGUCAACCCGAUCAAAUGAGCUCUCACUUCCAGUUUAAGCAAGGAUUUGUUGGUCAUAAUUCUUCACCGAUGAUGACAGGCAAUUGGAGCCCGUCCUACAUGCUCAAUUAUCAGCAUAAUAUUGCCGGUCUAGCACAUGAGCAUCAUUCUAAUGACUUUCAAGCAAUUGGUAAAUCAUGGGAAGGCAAUUAACAGCACUUAGUGCACUAACAUAUUAAGCUACGAGGUCUGGUUCUUCUCUUUGUGGAUUUUAUCAAAGGAAGAUUCUACAAGACAUCGUAAUAUAUGGUGGAGAAAGUAAAGAGAAUGUCAUGCAUGUGGGCGAUACCUUUUAGAUAAAAUCCGGCAGCCGCAUGCCGAUAGUCGGCCAUGUCCGUCGAUCAAUUUACGAAACGUCCCCUCCUCGAUUCUCAUUUCAUCGUACGAUUUUGUCUUUUCCAAAGUCCCCACCGAUCACUUGGUCAAAUAUAUCAUGCUCUCUAGAAAUCAAAUUAUUUUUUAUUGUAUCCUUUGAUUUAAAAAAAAAAAAAAAAAAAAAAAGAAUAUCAUAGUUGAUAACUGACUUUAGAUGAAAA